AUGAAGGUCGAUUACUUCGAAGUGACCUUAGAUAAGGGUAUAGAUGAGCCGUAUCUGGGCGGUGAUCCAAUCAAAGGAAUCAUCGAAAUGGUAUGUUCGAAACAAGUCAGGAUCAAUGGGCUUAUCGUUAGGUUGACUGGUGUGGCAGAGACAGGUUGGCGAAGUCGACAAGACGAUCUACCCUACGAGAGCAGACACACCUUUAUGGAUGAGCAGAUUGAUUUAACAACGUAA